AUGGCACUGGUUCAAACGCACCGCUUCAAUUGGAUGGGCUACGAGGGCACCAUGUCCGAGGCGCUCAACCUGGACUUGCUGCGCCACAGCAACAUGGGAAGCUUGCGUUACAGCGAUUAUAAUUAUCGGCAGGCAGUAGUGGCUGACAUCCGCAUGCGACUGAAGAUUAUUAAGCGUGAGCUUGGCCUUCUGCCUCCAGAGGAAGAUGUGGAGGAGGGGAAUAUGGAUCACAUUGCGAAGGACGAAUUCGUGGAUGUGGAUGAAUACGAGGGAAAUGAAUAUUUGUUGCGCAUUCAGAGACGGCGCAAUGCGCUCCUCUACAGUAAGGGACCUCUUGUUGCCAGUGAGGACGAUGAAGCGGAAGCGGUAUACUACCACCCUGCCCCGCCCACUGCGGAAGUGCAGCGGCAGGCUGUGCCUUCGUUCGCCCUUGCCGUGCAAUCGCUGCUCGUUCGGGCGGGCGAGACGUUUGUUUCUUACCUUGACGGCAGCGAAUUUGUGGCGGUGUCGAAGCUGUCGGAACAUAACGAGGCUCGUCGCGGUGAGGUGGAGGCAGCGGCCGAGGAGGCAGGUGCGGUGCUCCCGUCAGCAAGCGAGUUUGAGGUGACGUCCCUCCAGGCCGCACUCGAAAAGCGCGAACAGCUGCGGAUGAAGCUUGACGCCGUGCGGGCAGCGAGCGACCCGAGUUACGCGUCCCGCUUCGUCCGCGCAGAAGAGCGCGACAACAGCGGUCAGCCCGUCACGAACGUGUUCCCGGAGGACGGCGAUGAGAAGAAUCUCUCAGCGAAGUUACAGGCAGCGAAGGUACAGUUGGAAUCCGCAAGACUGGCGUACAACAAGCGGGCAUAUGUUGCCGCGCGGCGCGUUCAGAAGGCGCUCGCAAACUAUGUACCUCCGGCCGAACUCUAG